AUGGCUACCGCCUCGGCACCGGCAACGUCUCUGCUUUCCCUCCUCUACCGUUCCUACCCUAACGUUGUCCCGUCGGACUCUACUGAGCCUGACCUUCCGUCUCUCUCGCCCAAAAUAUUCCCGGAGGCUGCUUAUACGGAUGCAGAGCAGGAUGAAAUCAAUCAAUGGUUGUCGCAGUCGUCCGAUUUGGCGCAGGCAUUGAAGAAGAGUGAAACCGAGGGUAUUUCAAAAUUGCUAGAUAUUGUGAACGCCCACCUCGCUACUCGCACAACCGUUCUCGGCGCGAAGCCGUCAGUUGUGGAUAUCGCGUUAUACGCUCUUUUGGGCCCUGUCGUGGAGAAGUGGUCGCCAGAGGAGAGGACUGGGGAGAGCGGAUAUCAUCAUAUUGUGCGACAUGUUGACCUUGUGCAGAAUGCUCCCCUGUUCAGUCUACAGAUACCGGAGGAGGAGAAGAUCAAAAUUGAUGUCAAUGAUGUGAGGGCUGCUCCAAAAUUUGCUGCUCCUGCGGAAGGUGAAAAUGGCGGGAAGAAAAAGAAGGAGAAGAAAGGCACUGGAGCAGGCGGGGAGAAAGAGAUGGUCGUUGGGCGGGGAAAGAAUGCGGAUAAAGAGCAAGCGAACAAGUCAGUAGUGGAUGUGGCCAAGGAUAAAGUACAGGAAGUCGUGGAUUCAGUUACAGGUGCGAUAACAGGCACCCCACCCAGAAGAGAGAAGAAGGAGAAGAAACCAAAACAACAAAAAGCACCUGCUACUCCCGCUGCGCCUCUUUCACCUGCUCUUAUCGAUCUUCGAGUUGGACAUAUCCUCCGCGCGAUCAACCAUCCAAAUGCGGAUUCUCUUUACGUGUCUACAAUCGCUUGCGGUGACGCACCAGGAUCCGAUAAUACAACUCAAGAUGAGGCUACCGGACUUACCGUUCGAACUGUUUGCUCUGGAUUAAAUGGGCUUGUCCCAUUGGAAGAAAUGCAGGGACGGAAAGUCGUUACCGUCUGCAACCUGAAGCCUGUCACAAUGCGUGGCAUUAAAUCUGCGGCCAUGGUUCUGGCGGCGUCUCCAAAGGACGACGAUUCUCACGCUGGCCCAGUUGAACUUGUCAAUCCUCCUGAAGGCGCUGAAGCUGGAGACCGUGUCUUCUUUGAGGGCUGGGGUGAUGGCGAACCGGAGAAAGUAUUGAACCCGAAGAAGAAGAUUUGGGAAACGUUCCAGCCGGGGUUCACCACAACGGACUCUUUAGAAGUGGCCUUUGAUAGCGGUGCAGUGCCGCAGUUGAACAAAGAGGGUGAAGGCAGCACCGCGUCGUCGACUCCUAUAGUUGGGAAAUUGGUGACAAAAUCUGGCGGUGUGUGCACUGUGAAGAGCCUGAAGGGAGCGACGGUCAGAUAA